AUGGUGGGUGCUUCCUAUGCUGCCGUUCCCCUUUACGAUCUCUUUUGCCGUGUGACCGGUUUUGGCGGAACUCCGCAAGUUGCGACCAGUGACAGUGACAUUGUCAUCAACCGGAUGAUCACCGUGCGCUUUGACGGGAAUGUCAAUCAUUCCCUACCCUGGAAAUUCAAGCCGGCACAACGGUCGGUGACCCUCAAGAUGGGCGAGAGCGCGCAACUUGCUUAUCUGGCGACCAAUACCGGUAGCGAGGAGACUGUUGGAACCUCGACCUUCAAUGUGUGGCCUCCGUCAGCAGGCGCAUAUUUCAACAAGCUGGAUUGCUUCUGUUUUACCGAGCAGAAACUUGCAUCCGGUGAAACCGUCGAAAUGCCGGUCGUCUUCUUCGUCGACCCGGAGAUGGACAAGGAUCCUGAGCUGGAACACGUGAAGGAAAUCACUUUGUCCUAUACUUUCUUCCCGGUAGAAGAACCGGAACAACCUGUUGCAGCACGGGCUGAGGCGCCUUCUGCUGAAACGAACUUGUGA